AUGGAUACCAGCCACAAUUCCCGCCCGGCAUCCCAGGUACUUACUGGGCUUGCCAUACCUACAACCCCUUCGACUCCUGCUCGGACGCGGAGCGUUCUCCGCCAAUCUGUUCAUCCCGCGCAACCACAACCUCCGGUCCACGAUGCGAAGAAGGACGAGCUACGAGUGCAAGUGAGCACCCUCAAAUACGAGCUGGAAAACAUCAAGCAGGAACGAGACCUGGAAGCUCUGCGACAUGAGAAGGAGGUUCGCGAUCUACAAUUAAAAGCCGACGCGGAUUUUCGGAAAGCACAGACCGCGGAGUCCACGAGCAAUCGCGCGAAUCACAAGAGCGAAGCACUUGCCAAAGAGCUGAAGGAUGCACAAGACCAAGCCCUCAACGACAAAGUGGGAUUGGAACGAAAAAUCAGAGGUCUCCAGGAUGAUAACCAGAACUUACAGGAAGAGGUCAACGAUACGCAAGCGCAACUUUCAGACCAAGAACGACAAUUCAAAUAUCAAAUUAACGAGGUCGAAACCGUUCGGUCUUCACUUCAGAAAACAAUAGAAGAGUUGCAGAAUGACUUGCAAACCGUCCGGAACAGCCAACAAUCCACGCAAGAAAAGCUCUCGCAACGCGAAGGCGAGGUCGCGGAUCUGGAGUCCGAGAAUAUUCGUCUCAAGGCAGAAGGAAGCAAUGCCGAAGCCCUCGCUGUUCUGAAACGGGAACUGUCAGACCAAGUGAACCACCUCCGGGAGUUGGAAACAACAAACCGAGAACAAACAGCGGAACUGCGGCAUCUCCGCAAGGUCCAAAGGAAUGUUGAAGUGGUUGAGGAGCAAAAGAAAUCUCUAGAGAAUCAACUUCAGUUGAUGAAGGGGCUGGAAGCGGAGCUGGGAACAUUGCAGAUCCAAAAGCAGAUGUUGGAGGACGAGCGACAAUCGUGGACAAGCCUAUUGCAGGACAAUGAUCAACCCACAGAGUUUGAAUCUCCUGAGUCGGUGGUGAAAGCGCUACUCCGGGAGCGAAUUGAGAAGGCGACCUUCGUGGACCGGCUGGGCACGGUUGAUGCUCAAUUUUUGGAGAAAGAUGAAGCGAUUAAGAGCCUCGAGAAGGAAAAAGCCAACCUCCGGCAGGAGCUGGAGAAUCUCCGUGCUGCAGGGGCCAAUGGAGGUGGACCAGCCGCCACAGAAGCCCGGGUUCGGUCCCGACUCGAGCGCCAACGUGUAUUGGCUGUCAAGGAGGUUGAAUAUCUGCGCGCACAGCUGAAGACCUUUGAUACCGAAGAAGCCACCAUGAACGCUGAGCAGAGUCAAUUCGACGAGCAAAAGUCCGAGCAAAUUGCGCAGCUCGAGAAAAUUGUCGAUGAGUACCGUGGUGAGCUUCAAAAAGUGCACGAGGAGCUUUCUAAGCGGGAAGCGCCCCCGCCAGAGGAUUCUCAAGCCAGAGGUACCAAGCGGCCUCUUUCUCCUGCCGACAGCGAGGUUGAGAACGAGCGGCUGGCAGUGCUCACUCGCAAGAACCGCAAACUGCAAGAUUCCCUCUCCAAAUCUGAUCAGGCGACGAUUCUGGCCCGUCGGGAGCUAGAAGCGGCAAAAUCUCAGCUCAAGUCUCUCAAAUCCAAGUCUCGCACUCGUGUCCUCGAGCUGCGCGAGAAUCCAACCGCAGAGGUCGAGCAGAUCAAGAUGUCGACUCUGACAACCCUCCGUAAUGAAAACAAGGGCCUCCUGGCCCAGCUGCGCGGCGACCACGCCGGCGUCAAAGUGGUACCGGUCAGCACAGUCGACAGCGUCAAACUGGAGAUGCAAGAGAUGGAGCGCGUCGUCGCAGACAAGGAGAAGCGCAUGCGCCGGCUUAAGGAAAUCUGGACCGCCAAGUCGUCUGAAUUCCGCGAGGCUGUUGCCUCCUUGCUCGGCUUCAAGCUCGAUUUCCUGCCUAAUGGCCGCGUGCGUGUCACCUCCAUGUUCCAUCUGUCCUCCGCCUACCGCCACGGCGACAGCGAUGUACCCUCUGAAUCCCGUGGACCCGGUAGCAUGGGCAACGGCGAGGAGAAUUCCAUUGUGUUUGACGGCGAGAACGGCACCAUGAAGAUCUCCGGCGGGCCCAACAGCCUCUUCGCCAUGGAGAUCAAGCAUCUCAUUAAAUUCUGGGUCGAGGAACGAAAAGAUAUCCCCUGCUUCUUGGCCGCCAUGACCCUGGACUUCUACGAUAAGACCACCAGGGCCGCCAGGAUGUGA